AUUCGUCAAUGCGUCAGUAACGCUUGAACCGCCGCGGCGUCGACAUCUUGUAACGCAGCCGAGUUGUGAACAAACCUAUAGUACAAAAUACUAAGUACAAACAUCACAGUGUUGUGAUAUAUAUAUAUUAUAUGUUAAUGUGACAGUGCCUUAGUGCGUGGAUUGUAAUAAGAAACAAAUAAUCGUAAAGUUUGAUUUUAGAUUAUUGAACGUGUUUCGGUUUUCUAAAAUCGAUACUGUUCCAAAUUUGAAAAACACAUUUAGGUUUCUAUUUCUUAAUUCUCUUAAACUCUCGCUUCUGCUUCGGUUUUCUUUUUACAGAUUUUUUUUUGUUUGUUCUGUGUUCUAUAAAACAGUAUACGGGAACAAGUGAAUAUAAAUUACAAUAAAUUAAACAGUGCCUUAGUAGAAUGUUUAUAUAAGUGGAAAAGAGAAUAAAAACGGAAACCACGGCUACAAAAUGCCAAAGAACUUGUUGCUUUUCAAAAAGUUGAUACCAGAAAUAAACUUCGCGAAAAGAAAUCUUACAUCGCCGCUCGGCCGGAAUAUAUACAUCAGUUAAAAUAAUAUAUAUCAGUGGUGCUUAAAGUCAACAAAGUUGCAAAAAAAUAUUAAAUUAAUUAAUAAAUAAACCUUAGACAGAGUGCCAUAGUUUUUCGAAGAAAAAUUCACAUGGUCAUACAAAAGAAGUUGCCUUAGACAAAGUUUGAAGACAUUUUUUUAAAAAAGGAACACCAACAGCCGACUCGCCAGUUGAGCCGCAAUGCGAAUACGAUUCGUUCAACAUCAUCACUGGCCGAAAAUCACUUAGAAGAGUUUUUAUAUAAACUUUUAAAAAAAGAACUAUGAUGAACAACAAUCAGUUCCACGAGCUGUUCGGGUCUCAGUGGCCUCCGGACCAACACGGGGGUCACUCGUCGGCGACGACGAUGCUGCACCAGGGCCAGCAGCAGCCCCAGAUGCAACUGAAGAGGGAGCCCCACGACGUGCCCGGGAUGCACUCCAUGGGCAUGGACAUCACGAGCGGCUCCGUCGCCGACAGUACCUCCCCGCCCCCUGGAAACAGUGAAUCUAUGUUCGGAUCUUCCAUCUCGGGAAUGUUCAUGGAUAAAAAGGCCGCUAACUCUAUCAGAGCCCAAAUCGAGAUCAUACCCUGUAAAGUGUGUGGAGAUAAGUCCUCAGGGGUCCACUAUGGGGUGAUCACUUGCGAGGGCUGCAAGGGAUUCUUCAGGAGAUCACAGAGCACAGUGGUCAACUAUCAGUGCCCGAGGAACAAAGCCUGCGUAGUGGACCGCGUCAACAGGAACAGGUGCCAGUACUGCAGGCUCCAGAAGUGUCUUAAGCUGGGAAUGAGCCGCGAUGCGGUGAAGUUCGGUCGCAUGUCCAAGAAGCAGCGGGAGAAGGUGGAGGACGAGGUGAGGUUCCACCAGGCGCAGAUGAGGGCGCAGUCUGACGCCGCCCCGGACUCGGUGUACGACGCGCAGCAACAGACGCCCAGCUCCAGCGACCAGUUCCACGGACACUAUAACAGCAGCUACCAGAACUACGGUUCCCCGCUGUCGUCAUACGGAUACAACGCGCCGCUCAACUCCAACCUGAACAUUCAGGCCCAACCUCCCCAAUACGACGUGUCGGCCAACUACGUGGACUCCACCACGUACGAGCCCAAGCAACCCGGCUUCCUCGACACGGACUUCAUAGACCAUGACGAACAACAAAAAACUAUCCGAGCGUCCACAUCCACGACAACAGCGACGACAGCGACGACGACAAUGAGACAGUCCAUGAGCGACGUCAACAGACCCAGGGUGCAGGAGUUUGACAGAUACGAUGAGAGGAUCCAGAGCCCGCCGGCGAGCGUCAUAGCUAUCAAACAGGAAAUCAAACCGGAGACCUCCAUGGGCGUAGACAAUCUAGUGGCCAGCUACGUCGACUCCACCACGUUCCUUCAUAGUCCGUCGAACCUGAACAGUCCCAUGGACAUACAGAACUCGGUGCUAGUGAGCGGCCAGAGCUCGGUGUCGUUGACGAGCGAGGAGCUCAGCCCCGACGAUCUCACGAACAGCAACGCCAGGCUGAUGGAUCCUCUCAACAUGAACAUGUCGGGCAUGGGUAUGGUGAACCCCAACGCCGUGUCCACGCGGCGGCAGCAGGGCAGCGCGGACGACCUGCCGUCGGAAGGUGAAAUAAGUAAGGUACUGGUUAAAAGUCUUGCGGAGGCUCACGCGAACACGAACCCCAAGUUGGAGUACAUACACGAGAUGUUCAGGAAGCCGCCGGAUGUCUCUAAGUUGCUAUUCUAUAACUCGAUGACGUACGAGGAGAUGUGGCUGGACUGCGCCAACAAGCUCACAUCCAUGAUCCAGAACAUCAUCGAGUUCGCCAAGCUCAUCCCCGGCUUCAUGAAGCUCAGCCAGGACGACCAGAUCCUGCUGCUAAAAUCAGGUUCCUUCGAACUAGCGAUCGUCCGUCUGUCCCGUCUGAUCGACAUCAACAGAGAUCACGUGCUGUACGGUGACGUGGUGCUGCCUAUAAGGGAGUGUGUACACGCACGCGAUCCGCGCGACAUGUCGCUAGUGGCUGGCAUCUUCGACGCUGCUAAGACGAUCGCACGACUCAAGCUCACGGAGACUGAACUGGCGCUGUACCAGAGCUUGGUGCUGCUGUGGCCGGAGCGUCACGGUGUCCGCGGUAACCCUGAGAUCCAGAUGUUGUUCAACAUGUCCAUGGCUACCAUGAGACACGAGAUAGAGACGAACCACGCGCCCCUCAAGGGUGACGUCACAGUACUAGACACACUGCUCGCUAAGAUACCCACCUUCAGAGAGCUGUCGUUAAUGCACCUCGAAGCGCUGUGUCGCUUUAAGGCAGCGCAUCCACAUCACGUAUUCCCAGCGCUUUAUAAGGAACUGUUCUCACUGGACAGCGUCCUAGAUUACACGCAGUAACGAAGGCUGCGACACGGAAAUAACAAAAAAAAAACGCAAAAAAUAACAACAAAAAGCAAAUAAUAAUAACAAAUAACAAGAGUUGUUUCAUUAGCGAUCUCACCCGAGACUCGGCCGUGGACUGGGCUGAUCCGUACUAGUUAUAUAUAUGAUUGUAUGUAUGUACUUUGAGACUGUUAACAUAUUUAUGUACGUACGUACGACGUUAUAUAUAUGUAUAUAUAUAUAAUAUUUUUUUUUCCCGUAAAAGCCUCGGAUCGCCGUCGACGGCUCACAUUCGUAUGUACAUUCGAAUGUAUAAUCGUAUGGAUUAUUAUAUGUAGUUGAUAAUUUUUAAUAAUGACGAAGAAAUAAUAAUUACUAUAUGGACAUAUGAUAAUAGAUGUAGAGGAGGUAUUUUUUUUUUUUUUAUUAUUUUAUUAAGAUUAUAAAUAAAGUUGUAGACCACGUUUUGUUGUAAGAGGUAGGUCAUUUUUUUUUUUUUUAAAUAAUUUUAACAAUUUUUUUUUUUUAUAUAAAGAAUGUAACUUGUUAUUUAUUUCAAAUGAUUAUUAAUAUUGAUGUUUUUGUGGGACGAAGUUUAUUUUGUAACAUAGGAUACUUGAUACUGCCCUUUUUGACUUCGGUUAGCUUCCUUGGUACGGAACCGUCGCGGGGCCGCGGUGCGCCCGCGCGUGAACAAUGUGAAAUUAAACUAAUGAUCGGAUCUUAUUAUUUAACUUGUAUUUAUUAUGAUUUCGACCGUUUUCUAUGAUAAUGAGAUUUGAUCGUGUUUUUUGUACGUUUCGACAUGUAUCGACGGCGGGCAAUUGAUUAUUAUUAUUAUUUUUUUACACUUUUAAAUUUUUUUUUGAUCUCAUUUUUUUUUCGUAUACAUCCGUCUCGCUCCCGGUUUCUCUUGCAUAAUAUGGUACAUGCGUGAUACGUAAUUUUUUUCUUAGCUUUGUAGUUGUUAUGUAUUCCUUUCAUCCUCAAACGAACAAGUUGCCCGCCGUGUUUAGGUUUAACGUUAUGUCUAACACUACGCUAAGUUCGUUCGUUAGCCUUUAUAAUAGACUGGAUAUAAUAACUUUGUAAUUAAUCGACUCAUAUUUUGUAAAUAUCUUAUAAUCGUAUGUAUUUUGUAAUAAAUCUAAGGUUCGAUGGGUUAAUUAUAAUUUUACAUUCUAUGGAAGCAUAUUUUGAUCGUGUCCCGGGAGACGUCGUCUGCGGGCCAUGGGGGAAAUAUUGUUUUUUUUUUUUAACUUUCUAUAUAUUAUAUAUUUUUUGUUAAAUAAAGCAAUCUGUUAUUGUCUAGUUUUGUUUCGUUUUAUUUUUUUUUAUUUUUUCUAUAAUUUCCAAAUAUAUUUUUUUCUGUUUUUUUUUUUCGUUUUUUUUUUUAUUAUUAUUUAUUUAUAUAUAUAUAUAUUUAAUUAAUAAUUAAAAUAGAUAUAAUUCAUGCAUAAAUAGUGAGAAUAUAGCGUAAUAAAAUAUACGGGUGGUUCAAUUUUUAUUUCAAUAUAAUAUAUAUAAUUUUAUUUUAUUUCGAGACGUGUUGUUGAAUUACAAUAAAAAAAAAAAAAAAAAACAAAAGAAAAAACAGAGAAAUUAAAUAAAAUAGAUUUUAUUUUACUUUACAAAAAUGACAGAUUAUUUAAUAUUGUUUUGCUGAACGAUUAAAAAAAUAAUGGGGGCUAUGUCGUUUAUGCAUAUCUAAUGGAGAGAAAAAACCUCAAACGUACAAACGACAAAUAUAGUACUAAGACUGAAAAAUUCGGUAAAAAAAAUAAUAAUAAAAUUAAACCGCUUUUGCCUAAAACUUUAAAUAACCGUCUAAUUUUAAUGCCCGCUACGGACGAUAAGUAAGUUACCCUUACAUUAAAUAAUUUCUGAUGAAAAUCAAAACGGAGUCUACAGACUGACGAAUUUACGAGGUUACAAUUACUUAACGAUUUGAACGUGCCGUUAGCGGGCGGGACCUCGAAUUUAUUUCCGAACAUUCAAAAACAAUCGGAUGCUUUUGGUAAUGAAAUAUAUAUAUAUAUAUAUAUGAAAAAAGAACUAAAUGUCCAUUCUUUAACUCUUAAAGUAGACUUGUGACUGGUGCGGAAUCAAUACGGGACGUGGAUCACGUAUAUCUUAGGGCGGAAGUUUACCGCCAUAGUGUUAGUGUUAGAGGCGACGCGGCGCCGUGUCUGCGCGGUUGGAUAUUAACUUAAAUAUUUUUUUUUUCAAGUUAAAAACACCACCGCGGACCUUUUUAGGGUAACGUUUUAAUUGCUGGGUAGUCUUGUAGGUAUUUCUUAAAAAAAAAAUCAAAAAAAAAAAACAAACUUUUGUACUAUGUUUUGCAAAAAUUUUCACUGAACCAGUUCCAUAGAUUUGGACACGUGAUGUAUUGUAAUGUAUUUUGGACAUACGGCGGGGCGCGAGUGAGGCUCGUCCGGACCGAGCUUCCGGAGGCGGUUUUUGGAUAGUUUGGGUUAUAUCAUUUCACCAAUAAUUAUUUAGAAGAGCUUCUAAUAUAUACGGGGAGGUCGGAAGCGGUCUCCUUAUAAUAAAUAGUGACAAAAAAAAAAUUUGUACCUCUUGUUUUCUAUGAGAUAAUUAUUUUAUAUUAUAAAAAAAAAAUAUUCGUUUGUUAAAUAUUGAGUAUUUUUACACAUUACUGAACAUAUUAAAAAGAGAAACAAAAUAUUAAAAAAAAAUAAAAUAAAAUAAAAUAAAUAAAUAAUAAUAAUAAUGAAAUAAAAAAAACAUAUAUCUAUGUAAGAUAAACAGAUUAUAUUGAUACUAUAACGUGCGGGUGUUGAUCGCGGAACUAGCCGAGGUGAAGCCUUCACCUGAGAGGCUCUGUCGUAAGGCCUGCCUGAGCCUGGUGGUUCCGCCGGUUAACGCGCGCACACAUAGCUUUGUUGGUUUAUGAAUUCAAUACAAACAAUGUACCUAAUUAGAAGGAAGUGGAGCUAAGAACCAAUUAAAUAAAUAUUGUUUUAUUAUUCUCGAAUCACUUGCAAG